UCGAGUUUUCAAACUGCAGUAAUUACUUGAAGUUUGAAAGAGAGCAGCCUUUGUUUUCUGGCUCCGACGGGGUGAUGGCGUGAGAGGCGUGAGAGGGGAGGAGAAAAACACCCAGGACAAGUUGGGGGGAGAGAGGGGGCCAUGUUGUUGAGGCCGGUUUUGUCUCCUCCCGCCCGUGGACUCUUGGGCAUUCUUUAACCGCCUCUGGUCCAGAAGGGUUAACGGGAGGCACACAGACGACUCGCUGGUUGGAGGGGGAAGGCGUCAAUGGGAGAAGUGGAAAAGGAUUAAGACGAAAGAGUGUUUUUAGUUUCAAAGUUGGAUGAUGGACGGGACACGAAGGAGGACAGAGGACGGCGAGGAGGAGAAGACGGAGGACGAGGUGGUGCAGCUGCGGCGGGAGAUCGGCCUGCUGCCCGCCGCCUGCUUCAUCGUCGGCACGGUGGUGGGCAGCGGCAUCUUCAUCGCGCCCAAGGGGGUCCUGGUGAACAGCGGCAGCGUGGGGCUCUCCCUGCUGGUGUGGCUGCUGUGCGGGGUGCUCUCGCUCUGCGGGGCCCUGUGCUACGCUGAACUGGGCACCACCUUCACAAAAUCCGGGGGCCACUACACUUACCUACUGGAGACGCUGGGCCCACUGCCCGCCUUCUUACGCCUCUGGAGCGAGUGCUUAUUCAUCAGGCCAGCGGUGACGUCCUACGUGUCCCUGGCCUUCGCCCGCUACGUGGUGGAGCCGUUCUACGCGCCCUGCGUGGCUCCGAUGGUGCUCAUCAAGCUGGUCAGCAUCCUGGGAUUGACAUUUGUGGUGGCAAUCAACUGCUGGAGCGUGACCAUGGCCUCCCGCACUCAGAUCACCUUGACCUUCGUGAAGAUGUUUGCUCUGGUCCUCAUCAUCGUCCCUGGAGUCGUCGCGCUGGCCAAAGGAAAAACGGAGAGUUUCCAGAACGGCUUUGAGGUUGACUCGUUAACUUUGCACAGGCUUCCGCUGGCCUUCUACAAUGGUCUGUAUGCCUAUGGCGGAUGGUUCUAUCUGAACUACAUCACAGAAGAGGUCAUAAACCCAAAUAGGAACAUCCCGCUGGCGAUAAUCUUCUCCAUGGUGACGGUGACAGUGUGCUACGUGCUGGUUAACGUGGCCUACUUCACCGCGAUGACCCCCGCUGAGCUGCUGCUGUCUGACGCCGUGGCCGUGACCUUCGCCAACCGCGCUCUGCAGGGAAUGGCCUCCGUGAUCCCCUUUCUGGUGGCCGUGUCCUGCCUCGGAGCGCUCAACGGCGGCAUCUUCAGUUCCCCCAGGAUGCUGUUCGUGGGAGCCAGGGAGGGCCACUGGCCCCCGAUCUUUUCCAUGAUUCACAUCCGCAGACGCACACCUCUGCCGGCUGUGCUAUUCCUGUACCCCCUGAUGGUGCUGAUGUCGACCACCGGAGAGAUCUACGAGCUCAUCAACUUCGUCUCCUUCUCCCGCUGGUUGUUCAUCGCCAUGGCGACCCUGGGACUGAUCAUCCAUCGACGUCGCUUCCCCGACCACCUGCGACCUUUCCAGGUGCCGCUGGCCGUCGUGGGCACCUUCACCGCGGUCUGCUUCUUCAUCGUGGGUCUGUCUCUGUACUCGGACCCCUGGAACACAGGGAUCAGCUGUGCCCUCACGCUGACCGGCAUCCCGGUCUACUACGUGACCGUGUACCGCUACUGCUUACCGCGUUGGUUGAGACGCAUCUUUGACUAUUUCAGCAAGCAGCUGCAGAUCCUUCUGGAAGUGAGUCAACAGGAAGUCAAGACGUUCUGAACAUCUCGCUCUGCUGGAUUCAACCUAACAAGUGCUAAUUGGUUUUGUGGGUUUUAAAUGUGUGAUUAAAGCAUCUGUUGUAGUGAUUCAAUAGAUGUUCUUAAAACUAAAACAAAGCCUUUUUAUACGCCUUAAUACUUGAUAUUUGUGCAUUGGACUCUAAGUCUAAGCUUACUUUAGACACUUUGGUAGUAUUGCUCUUGAACUUCAAAAUCACUGCUAAAGUCUUAUUUGUACAGUUUUCUAAGACCAAUAAACUCUUAAAUCAAAAAGACAA